AUGCAUGAAUACCACACAGAUUUGACAACAGAGGCUCUGCUGGUGGAGGAUAUUUGGGCUGCCUUGCUACAAAGUAUGGUAGAGAUUGAGUCAGCUGUGUUGGCUGCAUAUGCAGAUGUGUACCAGGAAAUGGGGCAAUUCCUGCCAGUUCCUGUGCUUGGGUUCAAUGACCUGGUGAAGAACUGGGAGACUUUCAUGUUGGAGUGGAGGGAAGGCAGUUACCAAGGAGGUAUCAUUGUGGAUGAGCAAAGGAACCAUGAGCUAGGGAAACCAGGGAGCUUAAAAAUGGUGCAUCCUGGGAAGAUGGUGCUAUACAAAGAGGUGAAAGAAUGGGACAGGUGCAACGCAAAACCAUUUUCCCUGGGUGUUCAGACAAGGGCAGCUUUCAAGAGGUGGUCUGUCAAGUGGCCAUUGGUUCGAUUUGUCAUGGCUGGGCUGUUCUGGGUGACUCAACCUUGUCAGACAAAGGAUGGCAGCAAGAAAGGGAGGCUUCAUGUUCACUACCUGGUGGAAGAACUGCUGGAUGGUGUAUUGGACUUCAGGCAGGAAGGGCAGCUGGCUCAAUUCUUGUGCUUCUCACAGCAUCUGCAAUACAUGGAAAUGAGGGGGAUGGUGUUUGUCAGUGAUUACCAAGGGGUUGGGUCUCUGCUGACAGAUCUGCAGAUCAUGACCAAUCUGAUGUUGAAGGAGAAGAUUGGAGGGGGGGAGAAGGGAAAGAUUGAAGGGGGUCUGGACUGGAAUGUGGUGGAGAUAUGCAUAAUGGAUGCACAAAAGGAGGUAUAG